UCUGAAUGUCUGGGAAACACAUGCAUGAACCUGUGAGUGAUACGGGGUGGGGAUAAAAUUGCUGGAGCUUGUAAAAACCCUUUCAUCAUCAAUAUAAUCAAAGGUGCAAAGUAAGCACCUUUCAGUCACCCCCUGUGACCUCGCAGCAGCAGUGUGGAUGAGAACACUUGCCCCUGUGUUGGAUGCAGUGCCUGAGAUGGGCAUCAUUUGUCAGUGAAGCUUGGAGCGAACCUGGCUCCAGGCAUUUUCCACAGAGGAACAGAGAGAGAGAGAGAGAGAGAGAGACUCGGGGAGGAACUAGCUGUGUGCGUGCAGUGCUGCCGAUCCAACUUGGGCAGGUUGUUAUGGAGAAGAUCACACUGCAGUUCGUGUGGCCUUGUUUAACGUGGGAUGCCUGAAAACAUAAGGCAGACACCCAGGCAGAGGGUAGUGUUAUGAAGCUAAAACAGAAAUGGAAGGACUUCUCUCUCCAAUGCGUACCAAGAUGACAGAGGGGCGGCGAUGCCAAGUGCACCUCCUCGAUGACAGGAAGCUGGAACUUCUUGUUCAGCCUAAACUCUUGGCAAAGGAGCUGCUUGACCUGGUGGCAUCUCACUUCAACCUGAAGGAAAAGGAAUAUUUUGGAAUAGCAUUCACAGAUGAAACGGCUCACUUCAGCUGGCUGCAGUUGGAUCGCAGAGUAUUGGAGCACGACUUCCCGAAAAAGUCAGGACCGGUUGUGUUGUACUUCUGUGUGAAGUUCUACAUCGAAAGCAUCGCUUAUUUGAGGGACAAUGCCACCAUUGAGCUCUUCUUCCUCAAUGCAAAGUCUUGUAUUUACAAGGAACUGAUUGAAGUUGACACCGAGGCUAUUUUUGAAUUGGCUGCAUACAUACUGCAGGAAGCGAAAGGGGAUUACUCAAGCAAUGAAGUCACGAGGGCUGAACUAAAGAAGUUGCCAGUACUGCCGACACAAGCUUUGAAGGAUCACCCAUCCCUGGCUUAUUGUGAGGACAGAGUGAUCGAACAUCAUAAGAAGGUCAGUGGACAGACAAGAGGACAAGCUAUUGUGAAUUACAUGAGCAUUGCAGAAUCUCUUCCAACUUACGGAGUGCACUAUUAUGCAGUAAAGGACAAGCAAGGGAUCCCCUGGUGGCUGGGACUGAGUUACAAAGGAAUUUUUCAGUAUGAUUACCAUGACAAAGUGAAACCCAGGAAGAUUUUCCAAUGGAGGCAGCUGGAGAACCUGUACUUCAGGGAGAAGAAAUUUUCUGUGGAAGUGCAUGACCCACGCAGGGCGUCUGUAACUAGGAGAACCUUUGGUCACAGUGGGAUUGCCGUACAUACAUGGUACGCAAGUGCUGCACUGAUUAAGUCCAUUUGGGCAAUGGCCAUAAGUCAGCAUCAGUUCUAUUUGGACAGAAAACAAAGUAAGUCGAAAAUUCACGCAGCGAGGAGUCUGAGUGAAAUUGCCAUCGAUCUCACGGAAACUGGGACUCUGAAGAUGUCCAAGCUCGCCAACAUGGGAAGCAAAGGCAAAAUCAUCAGUGGGAGCAGUGGAAGUCUCCUGUCGUCAGGAUCCCAGGAGUCAGACAGCUCUCAGUCUGCCAAAAAAGACAUGUUGGCUGCCCUGAAAUCACGUCAGGAUGCCCUGGAGGACACUCUCCGUGUUCGAUUGGAGGAACUGAAGAAGCUGUGUCUGAGAGAAGCGGAACUGACAGGAAAGUUGCCAAAAGAAUAUCCUUUGGACCCUGGAGAGGAGCCGCCAACUGUCCGCCGUCGAAUUGGCACGUCCUUUAAACUGGAUGAGCAGAAGAUCAUGCCCAAGGGAGAGGAGGUCGAGUUGGAACGCCUCGAGAGAGAGUUUGCCAUUCAGUCGCAGAUCACUGAGGCGGCACGGCGGCUUGCCACCGACCCAAAUGUCAGCAAAAAGAUGAAGAAGCAAAGAAAAAUGUCCUACUUAAAUGCACUUAAAAAACUGCAGGACAUUGAGAAUGCCAUCAAUGAAUACAGGGUCAGGUCUGGAAAGAAACCCACACAAAGGGCAUCUUUAAUCAUCGAAGAAGCAAACAUUGGUUCUGAAGACAGCUCGUUGUCAGAUGCCCUGGUUCUCGAGGACGAAGACUGUCAUGUUACGAGUGUUUCGUCCCCGGUGCAGUCACCACAUAAAGGCCUCCCUCCACGUCCACCGUCACAUCAGAGACCCCCUCCCCCCCAGUCUCUGGAUGGAUUGAGGCAGCUGCACUACCAUCGCAGCGACUACGACAAAUCGCCCAUCAAACCAAAAAUGUGGAAGGAGUCAUCUUUAGACGAGCCCUACGAGAAGGUGAAGAAGCGCGGGUCUCACAGUCACUCCAGUGGACACACACGGUUUCCCAGUGUAGGGAGCUGUGCAGAGGCUGGAGCAGGUGGAUCCCUGCAGAGCAGUCCUGUAAGAAGUGCUUCUCACUGGAACUCCUCCCAAUCCAGCAUGCCAUCCACACCAGAUCUCCAGAUACAAAGUCCCUCAUAUGUCCAUUCCACACGGUUGGUAGAUAUCAGCCCAACCCGUCUGCACAGUUUAGCACAGCACUUUAGGCACAGAAGCGCCAGUCUGGAAUCCCAGGGCAAGCUGGUUGUGUCAGAGAACGAAACAGGGAGUCCAGAUUUCUAUACCCCAAGGACUCGUAGCAGUAAUGGCUCUGACCCUUUAGACGACUGCUCUUCGUGCACCAGCCACUCCAGCUCAGAACAUUACUACCCAGCUCACAUGCAUGCCAACUACUCCACUCUGGCUGAGGACUCGCCCUCCAAGGCCAGAGAACGGCAGAGGCACCGAUCCGCUGGGAAUCUCGGUUCCUCCAAUUCAGGGAGCAUGCCCAACCUGGCUGCUAAGAAUGGCAGUGGAAACAGCAGUGGGUUUUACCUGCACAGCCAGAGCCAGCCUUCCUCGCAGUAUCGGAUUAAAGAGUACCCCCUGUAUAUUGAGGGCAGUCCGACACCAGUCGUGGUGCGCAGUUUAGAAAACGACCAAGAAGGACACUACAGUGUGAAAGCACAAUUUAAAACGUCAAACUCCUACACAGCAGGCGGGAUCUAUAAGGAUUCUUGGCACGGUGAUGAUAUUGAUUCAGUAAAGCUGACGCCAUCACGUUCACAAGUUGUUAGGACUCCAUCGCUUGUGAAAGAUAACCCUGAGAGAAGCACAAACAGAACUGCGUUGUCUGAUGAACUACGCUCGUGGUAUGAAAGGUCUUCAGCCACACUGAAGGAACACAACAGACUCUCUCAUACAAGCUCUGACUCAUCAGACAGGAGUUCGCCAUAUAGCACAAGCCAGAGCACCUUCAUGGCCCAUAGCAGGAUAACCCGAAUGCCUCAGCCGUCCAAAGCAACAUCAGCUGUUUCAGUGGCUUCCCCUCGCAGUCAGAGGAGCACAGCACAGUCUGCCGAUUCAGUCGUUUCUUCUCCUUCCAGCAGUCCGCACCACAUUGUAUCCUGGCAGAGUGGACCUUACCAGGAUACUUGCUACAUGGACUCCCCACUCUAUUCAGAAAUGGCAGACAUUCAGUGGUAUGGAAGUGACAAUGCCAAGCCUGGAACUCUCGUCUGACAUCUGACCUCAAAUCAAAGUAGAAAACGUCGACACCCCUCAGUGAUCACUUCACUGCCCCUUGUCACUGCCUUACUCUUGUACACAGUCACUAACCAGCAACUGCAGCUCCAGGCUCACAGAAGGAGUCAUGCAGCAAAGGCAAGACAAAGCUUAAUUAAAGUACCGCAGACUGUGCUGUCCCCUCAGGUAGCCACUGGCCAACAGCCACAAGGUCUUUAUGAAUAAAACACGACACUGUUUUUUAAACUGUGAAUCAUAUGCACCAGACAUCCCGCUCUUAACGCCAGGUGCAUGAUUUUAUUUUAUUCCCUAAUGCAGACAGUGUAAUAAUAAAGUACUCCAGAAUUUAACCAAGUUUACUUGAAGAUUACCAAAGACCAAUGAAAAGCUAAAAGGAAAGAAUUUGAUGGACAUUGGCCACUGGUUACCUGACAAAUAAAAAGUUGUUAAUCUCUUGUUUCAUUAGUGGCUCUGGCAUAUAGUAUGUGAAAGAUAUUGAACAUGCAUUCCACACAGUAAUACAUGCCAGAGUGCAGAAAAGCUUGUUUUCCUACAAUACAGCAACAGAAUUUUGUAAUAUAUUUGUGGAUAGUAUAUAUGAAGGCAGGAUGAGCUGUUUCUGAUGCUCCGAAGCGUGGUCUAGUAGCUAAUACAUUAAUUAUAUCAGAGCAAAAGCACAGAGUUAACAUAAUCUGCAUAUUUCUGGACUGGACAAAUAUUGCAUAAUGGUACAAUUCCAGUCCUAGUCUAAGCUUCAAAACAGCUCAUCGAUUGUGAAUGCUCUUCGAGGACUUCAGCUGAUUUAUGGGACAAGCCCUUGGAGAGUUGUCAACCUUUAGAAGGCCUCACAAAUUUUUAAGAAGUAUUUUCCCAUGAAGUACUCAUCAGAAAUAAUUUAAUGGCUGGCACGGAAAGUUCACAAAGUCUGUGAAGCACAGACUUCACAUCAAGGUGGCUGUAGCAACAGGACACUGAUCUGGCCAAAAAUAUAAAAGGGAGCUUUUUUUUAAAUUCUCUCCUUCUGAACAUUUGAUGGUUUCCUGUUGGGCUGGACGGUGGUGGGGUUGG